AUGAGGGCACAUGCCGGACGUGCUCAGCCUGGCGUUAUAAUAGUUAGCGAGGGCCUCCCAUGCGGAUGCCACAAUGGCGCCACCGUCUUCUUAACAGGCGCCUCGCGCGCAGGUCGCCGCCGAAGUUGCCAAGCAUGCCGGCAGGCAAGACACGCAGGAAGCACAAACGCGGGUACUCGAGAUGGACCAGGCUCUUCCGCCACCGCCUCAUCACGGACGCCACGGGCUGCUGAUCCCCGACGGACCACGGGAGACUCCGCCUCAUCCACUGCGGGAAUGCCCUCGUCGUUGGGAACUGGGACUGCGACUGUUUGUGGGACUGCCCCAGCCCGCACGACGGAAUACUUGCCACUUUUGUACGGACGGUCCUUGCGCUACUCACUCGUUAUUGUAGCAGCAUACAACCAAAACAAGAUAACAAUCUGCUUUGUGGUGAAUAUUGGCUGCACUUCCCGUGGACCAACAAUCCGCGUGGUGUGCGGGGAUCUCUUUUUAUUAUUUUUACUUUGCUUUUGUGUUGCUGUGUGCGCUGCACCUUCUUGUGUGUGUGCGCACCCUCCGUGA